GCAUGGGUUCAACCUUCAUCUUGCUUCUGUCAUAUAACAGCUCUUCUUUGGGCCUGUGGUGAUUCUGUUAUAUCUAUGUCUCUAUUCCAGUAGCUGCUGGAGCACCUGGCUGUUCCACCAGUGAGCCAGUCUUCCCUGGCAGGCUCAGUAAUGUUACAGGCUCAUCUAUGCGCUUUGCCUGUAAGGAUUGGUAAUUGAUUUUGCUCAUUAAAUGUAGAGUGGAGCAGCUCAGUCUCUGCAGGGAGGAUUUUAUUUAGGCCUUGUGUUGGGGCAGUACUUGCUGCUUGCUUUCAGCCAUGUGCUGGUGGGUGAGGAAGCAAGACUUGAUGUUACUUCCCAGCUAGCUGCUGGGGUUUUUUUGGUAGUACUGAGGGUGAUGAAAAAGAAGUGCCCCACAAGGAGGAGCUUAUUUGUGAGGCAGUACAUCCUUGGGAGCCUAUGGACAGUGUUCCAGCUGCUAGUGCUAGCAUCACUCGAGGGAUAAGGGGCCAGAUCUGAGGAGCAAGGAGGAAAAAGCCCCUGAUGCUGGGGGGGCUCCUGCUGCCCAGCUGGAUGGGAAGGAUCUCCUUCCUAGGAUAUCAGGUGGUAAGAGAAGGAAGGGCCUGACAGCAGCAAGGAGGUGGCAGCUCCCAGCUCUGUAUGUCUGUGUAGUGAUGUAGAAAGGAGGAGGAUGAUUCAAAGGCAGAAAAAAAAAAAUCUGAAAACUAUUUUCUAUAACCAGAGCACAUGUUUCUGAGAGGCUGCUGGGCCAUGGCUGUAUGUUGGGGCUGUUGGGUCAUGCAGACCAGAGCAGCAGUGAUGCAGCAGCGGCACACAGUGAUCCUAUGGCUGCAGGAACUGGGUACAAUCGCUCAGGGCUGGGCCACCACCCGCUGCAGCUCUGCUAUCUGCUCCUGUUCUUGCCCAGCCCUGCCCACAGCACAAGAGCUCAGGAGAGUGACCUACAUAGAAGAAAACAGAUGGGAGCUUGGGCAUUGAUCUUACUGCUUUGAGAGAAUUCAGGGGCAUGAAAACAUUCAUUUAAUGAGGAAUAAACUCAUGGAAAAUAAUUUCUGUAUCAGCAGGAGUGCCAGAUCUUGUUUCUCUUUUUUUUUGUCUGCUUCCUGGCAGGACUGCAGCUCUCUGGAGUGGAAAUACUGCCAGAUCCUCACAGCAAACUGUAGUGGUUGGAUGUUAAACAGGUUGCUGUUGGAGAAAAACGCACUGUGCCAGAUGUGACAGCCUGAGAGAGGCUGCGAUGGCUUCGCAUCCUCAGCCCCAAACAAUAGCCAGGCUGAGCCUGUAUUCCCAGUAGGCACCACACACAUGUUGGACUCAAUCAUCUUUGUGGGUAUCCCUUUAAACUCAGAAUAUUCUGUGGCUUUGAAUAUAUUGCACUUAAACACGGCCAUGGCUGGCCACACAGAUCUAUCCACACAGAGCACUCCCACACAGCACUGGCAGCCUCAUCCCACGCCCUGCUCCAGCUGAGCAGGACAGAGGUGCACUAGUGAGCGUCUGUGUCCAUCUGUGUAUUUACAGAAGAAUUUCCACACGUGUGCAGUGGGUCUCCUUCCAGCAGCUGCUUCAGGCAGUGCCCAGGAGCUGCCCCUCAAUCCCAACUUCUCCAGCCCCCAGCAGCAGCUCCCUGUGGUGCUCUGACCACGAGUUCCUCAUGCAGGGCAAAGUGCAAAAGGAGUUUAAUGAGAAGACCUGACAGGCUGUGCUGAUCAGGUGCAGGACAUGGACAAAUCAUCACAAACCAUUUACACAGGACUGGCCCUUUUUAUUCCUCUGUGCUGUAUUUGUUUCUCUAUGUGACCUAGGUCACCCUGGCUCCUGCUCUAAUUAUGGAAUACCGCAUCUAAUCACUCCCCGAUGAGUCCUGUGCAAUCCCCAAAUCUCUUCCCCUGCAUCUUGUCCUGUCCCACACCCUUGAAGACAGCGACGCCCCCAAUCCUAAAGGUGCUCUGGGGCUGAGGCUCCCCUGGGAUGGCACUGGACAGGGUGUUCCUUUCUGUGAGUCCUUAAUUUGGGUUCCCACCAGCCAUUGUGCCCCUGUGCCCCUCGAAGUGAGCCUUUAUUGGGCUGAUGGCUCCUGGGACGGGCCUGGAAGCAGCCUGGCGGGUGCUGCUUGGGCUCUCCCUCCUGCCAUCACCGCCUGUGCUCCUGUGGGGGUGUGCAGGCCAGCUUUUAGCACAUACCCUCCUUAAUUGUCAGUAUAAUUAGGUUUGGGAUAGAUAUAAUCUAAACAAAAUUUUUCUAGUUUAAAGAUUCAUGUUUCUUUCUGUAAUUAGGGGAUGUUUAGGGCAGGAGGCAAAGGCAGGUAAGGAAGUGUUCAUAUGCAGAUUAAUUCUUUACUCUGAGGGUGGUGAGGCACUGGAACAGGUUGCCCUGGAGUUGUGGCUGCCCCAUCCUUGGGGGUGUUCAAGGCUGGGUUGCAUGGAGCCCUCAGCAACCUGGUCUAGUGGGUGACAUCCCCCCCCAUGGCAGGGGGAUUGAGACGAGCAGAUUUUUGUGGUUCCUUCCAAUCCGAACCAAUCUGUGGUUGUGUGGUAAUGAGCAGGGAGUGAAUUCAGAUUCACAUUCAGAUGUGUGGCACAGAAGAGGUCAGCACCGGGGAGUCUAGCGGGACAAGGCAGGGGGCAGUUUGCUGUGCAGCCUGGAGUGCAGGGGUGCUUUGCAGCAAGGGCGACGGCUGAUGGUUGUGUGAGCAGCUCUGCUUGAAGCAGCUUACCUAGCACUAAUGUUACCCAGGCACUAUAAAGGAGCAAAGUGCACUGAAGUGAAAGAGCCUUGGACUUUGUAUGAACUGCACAACACUGCUGACCAUCAGCUCUGAGUCGCAUUCCUGGCUGGUAAACACCCAGUGCUGUUGGCAUCGGCUGGGCACGGGCAGCCUCAGCCCUUCCCAGCCCCACAGCCUGGAGGACAGGGCUGGAGCAGUGCACCCCAAAAACCCCUUCCUGGCAUCCACGUGCUCAUAAUCGGGAGGCUUCAUGCAAAGCCCAAGACUAAUUCUGCUCAACAUGUUAAUUAAACAUUUACUAGAGGGUAAAUUAAGCGUUAAUUAGGCAUUCACCGCCCGAGUGCCCACCACCCUGCCUGACUUUGAACGGGCCCCGUUUUGAGCUGGGUGCGCACAGAGGUCCCUUCCCACAGAAAAAAUCCCGCUGUUCUGUGGAUACGCUCACCGCGGCAGAUGUCACCCAGCCGGGAAGGCGGAGCGGGAUCGCAAAGCGCCCGUGGUGAGGGCGGGACACGCUCCGAGCCCUCCGAGCCCCGGGGACGGGCCCGCCCCCGUUCCCGUGGCAGCGGCCGCGCCCCGGCCAGCGCGGCCUGCCCCGGCGGGAUGGAGGACGAGGAGCCGGAGGAGGAGGAGAAGAAGGAACAGGGGGAGGAGAAGGAGGAGGAUGAGGAGAAGGAAGAAGAGGAGCCGGUUCCCUGUCCCCUGACGGAGGAACACCUCAAGGAGGGCCUCUCUCUCCUCAGUAAGACCAGCAACGGGCUGGCCCACGCCUAUGUGAAGUUUGAAGCCAAAAACAAGGGCCUGACAGAUAUCAGCCUCCUCGAAGGCUUCAUUCACUUGCGGUAUGUGGAUUUGUCAAAGAACAAGCUGAAAGAUUUGGCCCCACUGAGCAGCCUAACCCAGCUGCUUUGGCUGAAGGUGGAUGGGAAUCUGCUCACCAGUGCCAGCAUGCAGGAGCUGCCCUACCUCCAAGUCAUCAGCUUUGAUCGCAACCGCAUCAUGGAUUUUGAGGGCAUUACUCACCCCCUCCUAGCCAACCUCAGCCUGAAAGAAAAUAAAAUCGAGACAGUGCAGGGCCUGAGUCACAACCAGUUGUUCAGCCUGGAGGUCCUGGAGCUGCGAGGAAACAGGAUAAAGACCACAGCAGGUCUCGGCGUUUCCAAGCUCAAGAAGCUCUAUCUGGCCAAGAACACUAUUUGCAGCCUUGAAGGCCUUGAGGAGUUUGAGCAGCUGGAGACUCUGCACCUACGUGACAAUAAGCUUGAGGCCCUGGAUGGAUUCUCUAAUAGCAUGAAGUGCCUACAGUACCUCAAUCUACGGAGCAAUGGGAUCAAAAGCUUUCAGGAGGUGGAAAAGCUGCAGGUGCUCCCCAUGCUGCAGGCACUGGUGCUGAUGGACAAUCCAUGUGCUGAAGAACCCACUUAUCGCCUGGAGGUCCUGUCCCGGCUGCCACAGCUGCAGCGCCUCGACAAGGAAUCGAUCGAGGAAGAGGAGAGGGAAGAGGCUGAGAAAAUCUGUCAGGCAAGGAAGGAAAAAGAAAAGGAAAUGGAAGAAUCUCUUGAGGAUACAGUGGCUGAGUGACCUGUUUUUAACACCUGUUCCCAGAGGCUGUCAAGAUGUAGUGAUGUUUUUCCCCAUUUGUGAGGCUGAGAAAGUGAGAGCUGUAGGUACCAGCUUCACCUCAUUUUACCUCUGGAGAAAAGAGGAGUGCUACUCACCCUGGUCCUGGAAGCUGCCCUGAGGCACUGCAGUGUUUUUGCAGUCACUGUGCUGUGUUCUAUUCUCAGUAGGCCUGAGAGGGGAAAGGGAAGAGUUACAGGUUCUGUGGUUCGAUUUGAUUUCCAAAAACCCUGCAAGAUUUUCUGAUUUGAAUAAAAAUAAUUAAUGA